AUGGCUGAGUUGCAUCGAAAAAUAAGCAAUCUCUCAUCGCCGUCCUCAAUAAACAGACUUACACUGUCGAACUCUUCAAAUAUAACAACGAUUCCACCCACGUCGCGAGGACACUUCAAUAGCCAAAUCUUCACGAAUAGCGCUGAGGAACAGAAACUCUCAUAUGAUAAUGAUGCGUUCGUGGAUGACGACGACUCGGAUGACGGAAUAAAUGAGCAUCCGCCUAUGCUCAGUUCAUACGCAAUGUCAUUACUGGAACAAAUCACAAACAAGGGCAAUACGAUAGAACAAAGGCGCGAUUUUGUUGACUACAAGAACGUAUUUGAUGAACGGCAAAUCCAAGCGAAUGAACCUACCUGUGAACUAUCGCAACCUGACACAAGUAGACCUUCCAGUCGUCGAUUUAGUUCUUUCAACUCCAAUGCAAGCCAGCAGCCUUAUUCGCUUUUCAAUUCAAAGCGCUAUGGAGCGGGAAUGGACGCCGCUGACUCCAGCGCUACUAAAGCUCGCCAGUCGCUGAGAUCGGCACGAUCGCUGUCCAAAUUUGGACUUGGAGCCCCUAAACGGCUUUCCGAAACUGAGCUUAACGAGCUUGCUCAAACGCCAAAUCAGGAGAGCGGUUCUCCAACGUUGAAUUAUGUGACACAAAAUGACGAGGCCAAACAUACAACAACUACCAACAUGUUCACUACCUCCCUGAAGACAAAUACUGCUCCCACACACUAUGAUGCGGAACAAAAUGAGGAAAAUCUGGGGAUAGGAAGCAAACACACGUAUGUCCAAACGCCGAAGCAUAUGAGAAGAAGACCCGUUUCAUCAUGUUCUCCAAGGAUAAAGAGGAAUAAUCUCAGUGAAACCCCUUACAAAUCCACACUUCAAAUAAAGCACGCAACCAAAACCGCAAAUGACCAGCAUACGGAUGCCUAUCAACGCACACCUACCAAAUCGCCUCAUGUGAAUCAUUAUGCAACCCCGGAACAAGCUCGAAAGGUCCUGACUCCACUUUCGCAGUCCCGCUGGAAUCAAGAAAAGAAUGGUGUUUUCAACUUCCAUGAAAUGAAGAAAAGACUUACUCCACCAAGGAACUCGCUUGAAAACAGUAGUGCAAUGGAUGAUAAGAUGAAAGUGUCUGGAAACAGUGUAUACGAUGAACACAAGGAACCGUCUGGAUCUAAGAGAACGUGGGAGGGAGGUUCAUAUCGGAGCACAAAUCAACAAAAUUGUACGCCUGCCAUCGAGAAACCAAGUAAUGUUCUUACAAUCAACAAGCAAGAUUUUGAGUGCCUAGAACAAAUUGGUAAGGGAGGCUCAUCUAGAGUUUACAAGGCCCGCGCUGUUAAUGGCAAACGAGAUUAUGCGAUCAAGGUUGUCACUUUCGAUCAAUUUGAUGAGGGUGCAAUUGCAAGUUUCAAGGGAGAGAUUGAAAUUCUGAAGAAACUUAGGGAUCAAGAAAGAGUCGUCAAACUAAUAGAUCACAGCUUAAAAGAUGGCUCGCUUAUGCUCGUUAUGGAAUGUGGUGAUAUAGAUUUGGCCCAUGUCCUUGCGAAUCGCUCUAAUUUACCCUUUGAUCCAAGUUUUACCAGAUAUCAUGCUGUUGAGAUGAUCAAGUGUGUGAAGGCAGUUCACGAUGCCGGAAUCGUGCAUUCCGAUUUAAAACCUGCCAAUUUUCUGUUUGUCAAGGGUACACUGAAACUCAUUGACUUUGGAAUUUCCAAUUCGCUCUCUGAUCAUACAGUCAAUAUAUAUCGUGAGUGCCAAAUAGGUACUCCAAAUUAUAUGGCCCCUGAGACUCUUAUCGAGGUCAAUAAUACUCUAAAAGGGGAUAGUCUGAACGGAACAUGGAAGGUUGGCAAGCCUGCGGAUAUUUGGUCAUGUGGAUGUAUAAUUUACCAAAUGGUCUACGGGAAGCCGCCGUACGCGAACUACACUGGCAAUAAACGAAUUCUGGCAAUUACGAAUCCAAAGGUUGAAAUACAGUAUCCGCGAGUUACUACGGAUGGAACAAGAGUUAAUGGGCUGGUGAUCGAUACCAUUCAGCGUUGUUUGAAAAGAAAUCCGUCGUUGAGGGCCAAUGCAGAUCAGUUGCUGGAAACAGAUUUUCUCAAACCCAAGGUGGUUACCCAUAAGUUCAUCAAUGACUUGGUUCGCAACGCAGUCAAAUAUGGGAGCACGCACCCGAACGUCUCGGAGCACAAGCUUGACAUUCUUGUUGAGGACGUGUGGAAGAAGGUUAACGAGUAUAGUUGA